AUGAAGACCGCCGCUGCCGCCACCGUCCUCUCCCUGGCCACCAUUGCCGCCGCCCAGUCCUUCUGCGCUAUCACCUGCUUCCAGAAUGUCGUCACCGAGUUCCCUCCUCUCGACUGCACUGAGGCCAACAUGUACCUCUGCUUCUGCAAGAGCACCUCCCUUCAGGGCCACUUCCUUGACUGCGUCUACGAUGACUGCGCGGCCGAGGCCGACUCUGCUGUCGCUUUUGGCGUGAACCUUUGCUCAGAGCUCGGCGCCCCCAUCACUGUUCCUCCCCGCGAGCCCACCACCACCGCCGCUGCUGUGACCACCACCACCGCCGCUGCCGUCACUACCACUGCUGCCGCCGUCACCACCACCGCUGCCGCCCCCCAGUCCGAGGCCCCUGUUGAGUCUGAGGCUCCCGUAGAGUCCGAGGCCCCCGCCGCCCCUUCCACCACUGCCGCCGCCGUCACCACCGAUGCUGCUGCCCCCAGCUACGCUGCUCCCUCCGAGUCUGCUGCCGAGUCCGCCGCUCACUCCGCCGCUCCCUCCGCCGAUGACGACGAGCACACCACCACUGUUGCUUCCGUCCCCACUGCCUCCGGCAACGGUACUAGCGCUGUCCCCACCACUGUUGAGGUUGAUGCUGGAAGGAAAGUGGCUCUUUUCGCUUCUGCUCCGUGCCACUCCCAGGGUAACACGGCUUAA